AUGACUCCGAAUGUGGAUGUUACAAAAAUUGGAGCCGCUGUACACCACAAACAAAGUUUGCCACGGGUAUAUUGUGGAAAACAUGUGCUGAAUACUGCCAAAAAUGUAAGGGAAGAAAAAGUGGGAAAUGCGUCCGAGUUAAAAACAAAAAAUGCAGCGGUGGAUACCAAUGCCAAUGCACUGGAGGAUCACGCGCUAAAUCAAAAAAACUCAUUGAUAAGCUUACCUGUAAAUUUGGAUUAUAAUCUCGAAAGCUCAAAUUUUCUUUCAUUGCCGGACCUUUGCGAGCUGAUCCCAAAAACGGGGGAAACUACACGCCAAACUGGGGCCACCGCGCGAUUUGAACGCAAUCUUUGCCAGACCAGGAGCUGA